AUGGAGAGUCCUGAAAUUACAAGUGUAUGCAAAGUAUCAAGAUUAACACAUGAUGAUAUUAACAUUUUCAAAAAAAAAUUAUCUGAUAUUUCUGAAAAAGUCAAGCAAGACAGAUUUUUAUUAGAUAUGAUGUCAGUAUCAAAAGUAAGAAGAACUGAUCGACGCAAAACUAAUCGUAAAGAAAGAAUUUUGAUUAAUUAUUUUAUACCAACUAAAGAAGGUGAUAAAUACCGUGUUUGCUUAAAUGCUUUUUCUUCCAUCACAUCAAUAAAAAGAAAACGUUUAAAUAUUAUUGCUAGAAAUUUUAAGACAACUCAGUUAAGUCCUAUUGAAAAGAGAGGAGGAUCUCGUGUAUCUGCAAAAAGUGAGGAAAUAACUAAGUCAAUAAUUGAUCACAUACUGGCAUUUAAAGUAAAAAAGUCCCAUCAUACAAGAAAAGAUAGUAAUAGAAGUUAUCUACAACCUGGUUUAUCAGUAAAUAUUAUGUACAAAGUAUGGAAAUGUGAUAGAAUAAAAAACGAUAAACCUAUAGCUUCAUUUAGCAAAUACUAUAAUGUAUUUGUAUCCAAAUUCAACUUAGCAUUUGGUCAUCCUCAGUAA